AUAUAGUAAAGAAUGAUAUUGGCCAUUUAUUUUAAAAUGAAAGAUACACAUAUUUAUAUAAUAAAUGUAGUUAACUGAGUUUUCUCUUUGUUACAAUACCAAGUUUUGUUCUGGUUUUGGACAAACAAUUUACGAAUAUGAGUGAUUAUUAUGGUACCGACAUGUACACCGCCUUGUCUGAGCGAAUGUCCUCAGCUCUGGACGAUGCUGGUAUAAACAUGGAUAUUGUCAUGAAAAGAAGGCAAACAUUCAUGCUUAAAGAAAUGUGUGACGAAAUAAUGGCAAAGCUUCUAAAACAAUCAGGAGGUCAGUUUUACUUUGGCAGUCAGUCGGAAGGGACAACGACACCCGGGCUUCAGUCCGACAAAGACAUGCUCAGAUAUUAUUCAAUGUGUCAUGUGAUUUUGGAUUUGAAUCAGUGGGUGCCUGGAAAAAUAACAUUUAUGAUGUUGAAGGACCCUGAUUUACCCCCUCAGCAGUUCAUUCUCCAAGUAAUGAAACGAUUUUCACCAGAACCAGAGACACGGUUAAUAAACGAUAUGGUCGAGCGCGACUCGAGAGGCAGAAUAUUAUUAAAAACAGAAAGAUGGCGGGAUAUUGCAAAAGAAUUUUUUGCAUCAACUUUUAAAAGUUUACAUAUUGCCGGUCCUUCUAUUAGUUGGUCUAACGAACUUGACUUUGUGAAUGCAUUGGGCGUAACAAAAUUGCUUCCAGAAGUCAAUGAAUGGAUAUGUAGACAUAGACCUGGUCAUUGGCCAACACAAGAACUGUUGGAAGAUGCGAAAACCUGCAUGUGCUUUCUAGUACCGGUUGGACAUCCGUUCAGCGAUACAAAACACAUAGAAUGGAGACUUUCACCGAACCUAAUCGAGAGAAAACUCAUGUUUAGUUUGAAUAUCGUUCAAAUCAAAUGCUAUGUCUUCUUGAAAAUGAUAAAGAAAUCUCUUUUCUAUAAUGUGGUUGAAGAUGGAAUUACGAGUUUUCACUGCAAAACUAUACUAUUUUAUACUCUUGAACGAACGCAUGCGCAUUUAUGGCAAGACUGCAAUUUAGCGUUUUUAGUUAAACUUUGUUUACACACUUUGCAGAGAUGUCUUAAACAUGGCGUUUGUCCUCAUUAUAUAAUAGGUGGUGUUAAUUUAUUUGACAGCAAAUUGUCAGUUUCUCAACGCCGCAAAAUGUAUGUGUUUGUUUCGUCCCUUUUGAAAAACAAUCUACAAGGAUUUACAAAAAUACAGGUAGAUAAUAUAGGAUUGAAGUUAAGUUCCAAUAAAACUGAUCAUGCUACUCUACAUAGUUAUGAUCUUCGUCCUUCGAUUCUACAUAAGUGCAUUUGUAGAAAACUAGAGUUUGACAACAUUAGGGAUCUACAUUCCAGUGUUCAUAAACUAUUUGAAAUUUUGGAAAGUUCUAACGAUAAUUUUUUCACUUAUUUUCGUCGUUUCCAACAGGAGUUGCAUUAUUUGUACCUAAAUGAAAAUGCUUUACAACAGAAGGUAACUGAAGAAAUGUCAAAAUCGUUAUUUUCUUAUCAAGCGUCCUUUAUUGCAGCGAUGUGCAUUCGAAAACGUACUCCACUCUUUGAACAUGUGCUCGACACCUUUAAAUACUCAAUCAAAACGGACGUAGCGUCAAACCAUCUAAAGCUGGCAUCAAUAUUGUAUUGCUGUGGUCAUUUACAUUCGGCAUCAUUUCUUCUUCGCCACGUGGAAAGGUGUUUUAAGGAGCAACGACUACGAACAAUAUGCCCGUGUGACAAGUUGAGGAAAAUAGACAGCGAUUUACAAAGCUUUAGAGUUGCCCCUGGUGAAGAAUAUUCUCUGAAUGAAAAUAAUACGGUAUUGUGUGUGCAUUUUCUUAAACAAGAAGCAUACUGCGUUCCCCCGAUUUUACUUUAUGAAAUGAACAAAACCGGAAUAGAAUCUGAAAUCAAUGAGGAGUUUGCUGUACAAAGAGAUUGGACCGGAAUUGUCUGUAUAGACGCUCCUGUUUUACUGCAUUAUAUGCAGUUUCUCACAUACGGUGGACUUGGCGACCUUCCUCGCCAAAUGUCUGCAUGUUUAGCAUUGGAGGAUUACAUAACACAGAAUCCUUACGACUUAUACCAUGUUGACACUGCAAUUAAUUUGAUGGGUCAUUGUGUAGAAAUUAGUGGUGAUCUAAAUGGAGCUAUGUUUUUGUACUCAAUUUCUCUACGACAAAAACCUAAAAACAAUGCUGCUCACUGGCACAUGAGAAGACUUACGAAUAUAUCACAGCAUGCCAAUAUACUGAGGAUGUUAAAUAGUUUGAAUCCUUUAGACGCAAAUGAAUACGGACAUUCCCAAAAGUGCCGGACCGUCGGACCUGACAGACGUUUUUAAGACAGGCCCGAUUGAAAAUGCUAUGUUACCGGUCCGAAUGUCAGUCCUUAGCCCUGAAUUGACAGCACGUGGAGGGAGAGUGCUGCGAUACAAGGAUCCAGGGUGUGAUGCACUACCUCUUUGUAAUGUCCCGUGGUUUGUUUUUGUUCUCAGUAUAUAGCACCGAUAUACGCGAAUCUUUACUGGAGUUCAUACACGUGCAUCUCCAGUUGGGUGCGAAACACAAGAAGCAUUUCAGAAAUUCCCAGUGCCCGAAAAAUGAGUAAACCUCUGGACCGGUAACCACUCGAAUACCACACCAGCAAUAAAAACGGUAACCACUCGAAUACCACACCAGCAAUAAAAACGGUAACCACUCGAAUACCACACCAUCAAUAAAAACGGUAACCACUCGAAUACCACACCAGCAAUAAAAACGGUAACCACUCGAAUACCACACCAGUAAUAAAAACGGUAACCACUCGAAUACCACACCAGCAAUAAAAACGGUAACCACUCGAAUACCACACCAGCAAUAAAAACGGUAACCACUCGAAUACCACACCAGAAAUAAAAACGGUAACCACUCGAAUACCAAACCAGCAAUAAAAACGGUAACCACUCGAAUACCACACCAGCAAUAAAAACGGUAACCACUCGAAUACCACAUCAGCAAUAAAAACGGUGACCACUCGAAUACAACACCAGCAAUAAAAACGGUAACAACUCGAAUACCACACCAAUAAAAAUAUAAGAAUAAUAUUAGUUGUACACCACCGUUUUUGUGUAUACACACGAGAUAUCUAGUUGGGCUUUUAAGUUAUUUGAGUAAUUAAAUGGUAAUUAAAUUGAAUGCAUUUACAUUCCUUUAGUGUUGUUAAUUUGAGUUACAAUGCUAUAACCUUCAUAUUUAUUUACAAUUAAGUGUAUAUGAAUACUGCUGGCCAUGUAUGAGGUUGGUCGCUCUAAAGCCGAUUUAAACCCUCAAUGCUUAGCAUCAAUUUGACCGUUCCAAGGCGGUGACCCAAAUUUUAUUCUACUACGUUUGUAUGUUUUAUGUUGUUUUGUAUCGUACAAUGCUGUUUUGUUUUGUAUCGUGUAGUGCUGUCUUGGCAAUUGGUCACUUGCCAUGAAUAAAAGACCAUAGCUUAUGAAAGAGCAGUACUGCUGGAGCAAUUGGAGUUUUACUUUUGAUAAUUUACACCGACAUUUGCAGCUUGUUUUUGAACUAGCUUUACGAUGCUCUGAAAAAAAGGAAUUCUCGUUAGGUGUAUGUUUUUUCUUAAAAGAAACGAAGAAAAACAUACUUGUUCAAUCUUUCAUCGCAUCGCGCCUCAGACGAUGGUAGCCCGUUGUUGUUUUUUGCGACUGAGUAAUUGAAAUGAAUUGUCAUUAAAAAGAAUACGUAUCAAUUAUCUGUAAUCGUGUUUUAAUUUGUGUUAAGAUCCUUUGAGGCAAAUUUAAUUUACACUUAUAUAUGUAUUUGACUAUCGCUGGAUCAAGUGUGUCUUCCGGGUACCAACGCAUUGUUAAAAUUCCUAAGUCAAACUUCAAUUGUUGGUCUCAGCUUUAUGCAAAAUUAUUUGCAUUCAGGGCUGUAUGUUGUUGCUUUUAAAACUUAUGUUAUAUCAAUAGUGAGCCAAGUUUGACGUCUGGUGCCUUCAAUUACGUUUAAAGCUCCAUUGCUUUAUUUCACCUUUCCAAAGCAUCGACUCCAGCUUUAUUCAAUAAUGUUUAUAUUAUGAGUUGUUACGGUUUAUUCAGAAACCCCUAAAUUGGUGUGUAAGAACAUACACAACAAAACUGUACACACAUACAUAAUUAUGUCUUCCUCCUGCGCUAUCACGACGUUGGAAUACAGUAUUUAUUAAAUAGUGUUAUUUCUUGAAAUAUGUUUUUUUUUAAAUAGGUAAUUGAUACUUGUUUAUUUUAUUUCAUCGUGCUUCAAAAAUUGCAACGCUUUGUUAGGUUUCUUCUGACCAUUGAGUUAUUGAAUUGUAAUAAGAUUGACCACCUACAAUUGCUCUUUUAUCGCCGUUUUAUUUGUGUUAA